ACUGCUGAUGCUGUGUUAUGUCUGUGAGACAUUGACGAUGGAUAACGACGUAUCACAGUCUUUUGUUAGAAUAUUCGUCAAUUUAGGCAAGGACAACUUAAUACACAGAGCCUGAAGCGUAACAUUGACUUAGAAUUCAUAUAAACUUUAUUGUUCGCACUUCUGGGAUCAAGAUGAGGGCAAUGUCUGAUAAGUGAUAGUGUAUCUGAUGACUACAUACUGGCCAAAAAGAGUACUAUAUGCCAUUUUUGUAAGGCGAUGUUCUUACAGAAGACAAUGUUAGGUCUUUAACCCCCCCCCCUUUUUUUUCAUAAAGAACGAGUGGUGAUUUUUUAUCAUAUAGUAUGACUAUUGAAUGUGCUAUUUGUACAUAGGUCUGUAUAUAUUCGGUGUAGUGUACCAAAUAACAAAUAAGAAAUAUGACACAGUGUCAUAUGAUUGAAAAUGCUUAAUCUCAUUAAAGGAUACGGACAAUGUUGAAUGUGACGGAGACAUAAUCAUAUGAAAACAUCGGUGGCUGAUUCGUUUCCAGCACCAGUUGUUGUGAGAACUUUCUGAAACUGAUAUGGCAGACAAUAAUGAAAGGCCAGAGAGUGUUGAUGAAUCGUUUGAAUUCAUCAAUUAUCCAGAGGAUUAUGUGGGCUAUGAUCCAACACAGCAAGAAAGAAAAGUUUCAGGGUCAGAACAGCUGUCCCAUAACUCGGAGUAUGGCUGGCUAAGCGAUGGAGAGUCGUCACGAGGCACUCCUGUGACACGCGAGAUGUUCCAGCAAAUGUUUGAUGAAGAUGGGCGUAUUGUGGACGAACACUCUUUACGUAAAGCUGUGUUUAUGGGUGGUGUCGACGUUUCCAUCAGAAGGGAGGUUUGGCAGUUCCUAUUUGGACUAUACCCCUGUACUUCUACUGCCAGGGAAAGGGAAGAACUCCUGUUGGAUUACAUCAUGAAAUAUCACGAACAAAAAUCUCGAUGGAAAACCAUGCUUGUAUUGGACUCUAAGCCUGGAGCCACAGCACUGGAGCAGGGGCUGAUAGGACGCUACCAGGUACAGGACCCUAGUAACCAGCUACAGAGUCCCACCACUCCCCCAGGUGGCAUCAUGUCACCAAUGGAACUUCAUCUCAAGAAUGAGAAUGCCGCCCGUAUGUCUGUGGACCAACCUGACUUCAGCAUCCUGUCAAAAAACUUCGCAAACAUUGAUGUGUCCACACCAGAAAUGCGACAGAAAAUUGACUUCGUGAAAAUACAGUCUCAGGUGUUCGUCAACAGACAAAAGGUGGAUGUAAAAAACCUAUGGACACAUAUACGAGUGAUAGACAAAGAUGUUCCCCGUACAGACAGGGAUCAGGAGUAUUUCAGUGGAGCGCAGAAUCCUCACUUAACAGUGCUGCGUGACAUACUUGUGACUUUCUCGGCUUUUCACCCUGUCAUUGGAUAUGCUCAAGGAAUGAAUGAUAUUCUGGCACGAUUCCUCGUGGUGUUUGAUUCAGAGGUUGAGGCCUACUGGUGCUUCCGUAACUACCUGGAUCACAUACAAGAGGAAUUUACAGAAGAUGGCAUGAUGAAAAAGAUAAAUUUGGUGGUGAUGCUUCUACGAGAAAUGGACCAAGAGUUAUUAGAUCACCUAAACACACAUGAACUAGGCGACCUCAUGUUCUGUCACAGAUGGCUUUUACUGGGGUUUAAGAGGGAGUUCAGCUUCUCCGAUUCCUUGCGAUGUUUUGAAAUCCUUAGCAGUCAUCAUUUAGAACUCUCCUCCAUGGAAGCAGAAAAUGCACGUCGUAAGGAAGUCAUGAAAGAGUUUGAAAAUUUUGCGUACAUAUUUCCAGGAGGAGGGACACGGUCAGAGCACCUGUCAGUCAGCUUCGACUACACAUUUGAGCUGUUUAUGUGUCUUGCCUUACUGAUGGACUGUAGAAAAGACCUCCUGAACUGUGUCGACUCUGCUAUGGUGUUCUCUACAAUUAACAGUUUGAAAAUCAAUUUGGAGGAAACGCUUACUAAAGCAGCGAAACUCUUCUAUAAGUACUGUAAAAAGACAGUGGAAGAAAGCUUUCUGAUGAUUGAGCCACCAAAAUCGAAGAGGUGAAAGAAAAAAUUAAUGUCGGUAACAACAAAAACAAUAUGAAACUUUUAUGUAAUUAGAUGAAUUCGUCUCCAUAACAACCACCAGAGGUCACACAGCCACAAAGCAACAAGUUUGGACAAGGUUUGCAGGAAAAAUUAGCCACAGUAAUAUAGAUAGAAGUUAUCUCCGCAGAGGCCUGAAGUUAUCUCCGCAGAGGCCAGAAGUUAUCUCCGCAGAGGCCUGAAGUUAUCUCCGCAGAGGCCUGAAGUUAUCUCCGCAGAGGCCUGAAGUUAUCUCCGCAGAGGCCUGAAGUUAUCUCCGCAGAGGCCCGAAGUUAUCUCCGCAGAGGCCCGAAGUUAUCUCCGCAGAGGCCCGAAGUUAUCUCCGCAGAGGCCCGAAGUUAUCUCCGCAGAGGCCCGAAGUUAUCUCCGCAGAGGCCUGAAGAUUUGAUAUCAUCUUCUUAUUGAUGCAGAUUAUAAAAAAGAUAGUCUGUGUGACUUUGAGUUAUAAAGAGAUAAUCUCCUGAGUGACACUGAGUUCUAAAGAGAUAAUCUCCUGUGUGACACUGUGUUAUAAAGAGAUAAUCUCCUGAGUGACACUGAGUUAUAAAGAGAUAAUCUCCUGUGUGACACUAAGUUGUAAAGAGAUAAUCUCCUGUGUGACACUGAGUUGUAAAGAGAUGAUCUCCUGUGUGACACUGUGUUAUAAAGAGAUGAUCUCCUGAGUGACACUGAGUUAUAAAGAGAUAAUCUCCUGAGUGACACUGAGUUAUAAAGAGAUAAUCUCCUGUGUGACACUGAGUUGUAAAGAGAUAAUCUCCUGUGUGACACUGAGUUGUAAAGAGAUGAUCUCCUGUGUGACACUGUGUUAUAAAGAGAUAAUCUCCUGAGUGACACUGAGUUAUAAAGAGAUAAUCUCCUGAGUGACACUGAGUUAUAAAGAGAUAAUCUGUGUUACAAUGAGUUAUAAAGAGAUAAUCUGUGUUACACUGAGUUAUAAAGAGAUGAUCUCCUGUGUGACACUGAGUUAUAAAGAGAUAAUCUCCUGAGUGACACUGAGUUAUAAAGAGAUAAUCUCCUGUGUGACACUGAGUUAUAAAGAGAUAAUCUCCUGAGUGACACAGAGUUAUAAAGAGAUGAUCUCCUGUGUGACACUGUGUUAUAAAGAGAUAAUCUCCUGAGGGACACUGCACUAUAAAGAGAUAAUCUCCUGAGUGACACUGAGUUAUAAAGAGAUAAUCUGUGUUACACUGAGUUAUAAAGAGAUGAUCUCCUGUGUGACACUGAGUUAUAAAGAGAUAAUCUCCUGAGUGACACUGAGUUAUAAAGAGAUAAUCUGUGUUACGCUGAGUUAUAAAGAGAUGAUCUCCUGUGUGACACUGUGUUAUAAAGAUAUGUCCUGAGUGACACUGUGUUAUAAAGAUAUGUCCUGAGUGACACUGUGUUAUAAAGAUAUGUCCUGAGUGACACUGUGUUAUAAAGAUAUGUCCUGAGUGACGAUAAAUUAUGUAAAUAUUAUUGUGGUAAUGUUUGUUAUUUUUGUUUUCAUAAUUGUCAAGGUAAGAUAUGAUAUAGAUAUAAGUGCACUGCGUGUUGUAAACAUCAUGGAGAUGUAGACAAUUUCUCAGGGUUGAAAUUAUGUGUACAAAUUAUAAUUGUUUCAAAAGUUGAUGAGGAGGUUGUUUUAACUAUGGUUUCUUCAUUUUAACAACCUGUUUAGUGUGUUUUUACUAUACGUAUGCUCUGAAGAUGUAUUGCACUGUUUUAUACUUUGUAAAAUUUUGUUCUUAUGAAGUGUACUUCUGACACCAUGUAAUGUCAGAGAUUCAAACAAACAUGGCUGACUAGGACGAUGUGAUUUUAUUGCUGUUUAAGUAGGAACAAACAACACUGUCACUUAUAACAAUCCUGGUCAUUCUAUAUACUGGCACAAAAAGAGCACUUUUGAUUUAUUUCUAAAGGGAAAAACUUUUGGAAUUUGAAAUACAAAAGGGAAGUCAAACAAUGAUGAAAUUAUUUUGACCUGAUUUUCGAUUUCAUUUGUGUCAUUUAUGAUUACAUAAAAAAAUCAUACGCCUUUGAAACAGUGUUAAAGUCCCAAUGGCACUGAAAAUUUAAAUUGCUUCAGUGGGUUUCGCAAUACUAUUAAUAGUGAAUGUGCUCUCACUAACCCCAGUGAACUGUGUCAAAGAAUGUCAUUUCUUAAAUAUGGCAUCAAUGGUGUGCUGACUAUUGCAUCACAAAACAAGACUGUUACAGUGGGGGCUCCGUAAUGGUUUGGGCAUGGAAUGAUGUGAAUCAAGCAUCACGUCGAAUUUGUGGUCUUUCUCGAUGAAAAGCACCAACAAGUUCCCGUCAGUUGACAGGAAAUUGGGGAUGAUCGGUAAUGUGUUGGUGUAACAUGUUCCAUGCAUGCACGAUUGUGUUACGGUCUGGUGAACAACUAGACCAGUGCAUACACUUAAUAGCUUGGAGGUGUUUAUUCACAAGUCUAGCUCUAUGUGGUUGAGCAUUGUCGUCACUCAUUGCAAACUCGGGGCCGACAACAUCCGCAAAUUAUUUAACAUUUGGAUGAAGAAUUUCAAUCCAGUAUUGUAAACCAGUGAGGCUACCAUCUUAAAUCAUGUAUGAGUCAGUCCGCCACCAAAGUUGAUCCUUGCCCAAAUCAUUACAGAGCCCCGACCGUAACAGUCUUGUUUAGUAAUGCAAUAGCCAUCAUACCAUUGAUGCCAUAUUUAAGAAAUGACAUUCUUUGACACAUUGAAGUGUACAGUCACAGUUCAUUUGUGAUUGUCCUGCCUGUAGCAUCCUGACUGCUCACAAAUAUUAAAAUUAAACAGGAUGUAAAAUGACAGGACACUCAGAAGAAACACAAAGUUUAUAGACUGAUUUGACGUCCAUACAGACUUUCAAUAAAACCACCAUUGACAGUUGGAUUUUAACCCUAUGAUGUUUUGCCGCAGGUUAACUGUUGCUUGUAUGUGCAAAUUGUUAGUGAAAAGUUAAUGUACAUACAUGGGAUGUUAAACAGAGGUGAAAGAGUGUCAAGCUUAUCUUAAAAUCACAUACAUUGAUAAUCCUGAACUUUUUGUGUUCAGUAUACAUACUUACUAACAGCUGAUAAUUCCUGAACAAUCACUGCAGUGUUAGAUACUGUAAACACACUGUGAUAUAUCAGAGCAUUGGAGCAGUAGUAUUACUAGCUACAGGAACAUUAGCAGACUUAUACAUGUAUUUUGUAUAAGGUGGCAACCAAUCUCAAACCUGUUGCUGUGUAUAGCUUCAGGUUUGAGAGUGAUUCCGUCGUGAUUGUGAAAUGGCAACUAAUCUCAAACCUGUUGCUGUGUAUAGGUUUAGGUUCGAGAGUCAUUCUGUCGUGAUUGUGAAAUGGCAACAAAUCUCAAACCUGUUGCUGUGUAUAGCUUCUGGUUUGAGAGUGAUUCCGUCGUGAUUGUGAAAUGGCAACUAAUCUCAAACCUGUUGCUGUGUAUAGGUUUAGGUGAGUGAUUCCGUCGCGAUUGUGAAAUGGCAACAAAUCUCAAACCUGUUGCUGUGUACAGGUUCAGGUGAGUGAUUCCGUCGCGAUUGUGAAAUGGCAACAAAUCUCAAACCUGUUGCUGUGUAUAGGUUUAGGUUCGAGAGUCAUUCUGUCAUGAUUGUGAAAUGGCAACUAAUCUCAAACCUGUUGCUGUGUACAGGUUCAGGUGAGUGAUUCCGUCGCGAUUGUGAAAUGGCAACAAAUCUCAAACCUGUUGCUGUGUAUAGGUGUAGGUUUGAGAGUGAUUCUGUCAUAAUUGUGAAAUGGCAACUAAUCUCAAACCUGUUGCUGUGUAUAGGUUUAGGUUCGAGAGUCAUUCUGUCGUGAUUGUGAAAUGGCAACAAAUCUCAAACCUGUUGCUGUGUACAGGUUCAGGUGAGUGAUUCCGUCGCGAUUGUGAAAUGGCAACAAAUCUCAAACCUGUUGCUGUGUAUAGGUUUAGGUUUGAGAGUGAUUCCGUCACGAUUGUGAAAUGGCAACAAAUCUCAAACCUGUUGCUGUGUAUAGGUUCAGGUGAGUGAUUCCGUCACGAUUGUGAAAUGGCAACAAAUCUCAAACCUGUUGCUGUGUAUAGGUGUAGGUUUGAGAGUGAUUCCGUCACGAUUGUGA